AUGGGUGCCUUUAGUAUCUUGGACCCCAUCAAAGCUAGGCAGAGUUCAGUCUCAACACUGGUUCUCGUUAACUCUCUUCUCAUCUUCUUUGGCUAUUUCAUCUUCUCCCGUGUGGUUCUCUUCAUUCAACGACGUCGGUUCAGUAGCCAAAAUGGCUGCAAACCUCUCCUUGCACGAUACAAAGACCGCCUGUUUGGACUUUCCUUCAUCAUUGAAAAUGCCAAAGCCUUCAAAAACAAAGCCUACCUCGACAAAUUCACCAGCCGUUAUUUCAAGAUCGGACAUACUCACGAGGUAGUCGCCAUGGGUGGCCGAGGCGUUUUCACCAUCGACCCGGUCAACAUCAAGACCAUGCUAUCGUUGAAGUUCAAAGACUAUUCACUGGGAAAUCGGCCUGCAAUCAUGGGCCCACUGUUGGGACGGGGGGUGUUCGUCACUGAUGGAGAAGAAUGGGCUCAUUCGCGAGCGCUCCUGCGCCCAAGUUUUAACAAGUCGCAGGUUGCGGAUCUGAGCAUUAUCGAAUCUCAUUUGCAGGAACUACUGCGACAGAUCUCUUCAUCGGAAGCAAAGACGAUUGACUUGCAACCGCUAUUCUUCCGGUUCACCAUGGAUUCCUCUACAGAGUUUCUGUUUGGAACGUCGAGUCAUACGCUGACAGAGGGUGGUGAUCAGAUUUUCAGUGAUUCAUUUGUGUACGCUUUGAAGGACAUCUCUCUCGGUUUACGGUUGGGCCCUUGGGAGAAGUUUCGACGGACGGAUCCCAAAGCGGUUGAGGCACACCAAUUCUGUCGACGAUACGUUGACAACUAUGUUGAUCAAGCAUUGGAGUAUCGGAAAACCGGCAAAGAUUCUGCACAUGAAAAGAACGAAGGCGAGAGAAAGACCUUCCUGCGGGAGCUUGCUGCCGCCACAGAUGACAGGGAAAAGCUACGCGAUGAGCUAUUGAGCCUGCUUCUCGCUGGCCGUGACACGACCGCGAGUCUGAUCAGUAGUCUAUUCUUCAGCAUUGCCAAGAGACCGGAUAUUUGGAAAAAGCUGCGAGAAGAAGUUGCUACGGAGUUGAAUGGCCAACAACCGGUGUACGAGCAGUUGAGGAACCUGAAGUAUGCCAAGUAUUGUGUCAAUGAGAGUAAGUUGUAA